AUGGCUACCGAAGAACCAAGAGAUACCCCCCCUGGCGAUCUCGAUGAUCUAUUCAACUAUGACGUCGGUCUAGAAGAUAUCUUCCAGGAUCAGAAUAACACAUCCACGAAGCCAGCUGGGGAUCCCGAUUCGCUUGGCCUUGGACUGGAUGAGGAAGUGAAAGUUACAAAAAAGCGACAGCCAGUAGCUAAAUUGGAUGAGAAUCGACUACUCUCUCAACCAGGAAUCCCUAAACUACGACGCACAGCUAAGACAAAGCUUCGAUUCAAGGGCAAGGGACACGAGUUAUCGGAUGCCGGCCGCCUAUUGAAUUUCUACCAACUAUGGCUAGACGAUCUAUUUCCUCGAGCGAAGUUUGCAGACGGUCUGGCGAUGAUUGAGAAAUUGGGACAUACGAAACGUAUUCAGACUAUGCGACGAGAAUGGGUUGAGGAGGAGAAACGAAAGGUCUUUCACAAAUCUACCGAAUCGGACGAGAUUCCCAGGCUUGGGGAUCUUCCUACAAGAACAUUUACAGAUCCGAAUGGCACGACAAAUAAUUCAACAACCUUGCCAUCAAGACCGCAAGGGCAAAGUGCUGCAGAUGACGACCUUUUCAUGCCAGAUUCUGGGCCACCGGCUCAAGUCUCGGUUAGCCAUCCCCAGCCCGAUGACGAUGAACUUGAGGAUCUUUUGAGGGAGCAAGAUGAACCUACUGUCAAGGUACCACAACCAGUGACAGCAGCACCGGACCUCAACGAUGAUGACUUUGAUGAUGAGUAUGAAGUGAUGAGAGAGUUGGGGAUGUAA